CUUGACGUGUGAGUUACCAUCACGCCGGAAGUCGAUUUCGAAAGGCGAAAACUUGAUGAUGGCUUCCUGCUUGGCCUUGGGUCCAUAUUUGAUAUUGAUCUGAGACUUAUCUUGGAAUGCAAGUUGCGCCUCCUUGUCAAGGUCCAAACCACCAACAAGAACCCAGUCGUCCGCCUCGUUGUAUCUUUCCUUUCGGACAGGGCUAUCGUCUCGCAAGACCACAUCUUUGUUGCGUCGCUUCUCUUCGUCCAUUGUGACUCGGGCGGCACCAGACUUGAGGAAUGAAAUUGUAAGGGGCAGGCGGACGGUCUCUCCAUGGCUAUUGAUGGUCUUGACAACCACGGCCUGCAAUUUUCCAUCCUCAAAAACUGUCGAAUCGGCUGAGAUCUCAUAUGGGGCUUUCCAGUUUGAACCUUGGGCAACAGCGUUGUCGGCAUAGGCGCGAUUUCGUUUGCAGAAGCCGGAUUGGUCACAUUUCUUGAAGUCCUUGUCUUUCACGGCAACUGGGAAGACUCACGUAAAUGUGCCUAGUAGCAGCAAUAGCGCCGUCCAGCGAAAGGACGACGCCGUAUUCGACUUCAUGAUGUUGAGACGGUCAGGAACCAGAGCUCAAGUAUGAAGAAAUGAAUAAACGAGAAAAUGGUCAAUUAAAAUGAAAAAAUGCGGAGGCAUCAGAUAUGGUCCUCUGGCCUAUAUCCUCUGUCCAGUCGCUGGUUUAAGAGAAUGUUAUUGUUGUUUAUGCUGGGAUAACCUCAGCUUUGAUGAUGUCGAAGUCAAGUCAAGCUGUCCCUAAGCUCCCCUGUGAAACUCCAUUCCGGAUUGGGGUUGGUUUCAGACGCAGGGGAGUGGAUACCUAAAUGGCGGGGCAGCUUCGAUAAAAGAUUAGACCCGUUAACCAAACAUUUCAGUUCUCGAUUUCUGAGCUCAGCUUUCGCGUUGGAUGCACUGUAAGAAGCUCUUUUUGAUGCAGGUACAGUUCGUUUACGCGCUUUGAGUUUUGUAAGUAAAGAAGUUUCGCUACUCUUCAAGUUCCUCUUUUAUGAAUUCUGUUUGAGUAUGAACUAUGUUAACUCUUAUAGUAUCGCUUUCCUGUCUUUUUCUCUAAUCCUCUAAUCCUCUCCGUACUCCUGUUUUCUUGUUCAGUACCUAAUUUAUAUCUGUCCUCGACAACUAGUUAAAUCACGUGUCCGUGUGAAUUCUCCAGAUCUCGCACCCAAGACCCCUCAACGCCAGCUCAUCAUGGCUGUAGAGGAGCCCCGCCAACGUGAAGACCCCGCCGCCAGCGGCAAGAAUUGGAAGCAACAGCAGGGACGGAGAAGUGCGGAAAAUCUGGCCCCGCGAUUUUUUGCUCUUCUCUUCGCCCUCCUCGCCCUUUAUAUCCUCUUUUCACCGCCUUCUUCAGGCCUUUCCCCUCCAGUCGAUCCCUCCUCUACCUCUACUUCUUACUCUGUUCCUACAUCUCAAGUCAUACCAGACAAGAAUAUCGCCAAAAUGUCCUCCUCCGAGCAGACCUUCAUCGCUAUCAAGCCCGACGGUGUCCAGCGUGGCCUCGUUGGUCCCAUCAUCUCUCGAUUCGAGAACCGAGGCUUCAAGCUUGCUGCCAUCAAGCUCGUCACCCCCGGCAAGGAGCACCUCGAGAAGCACUAUGCCGAUCUCGCUGGCAAGCCCUUCUUCCCUGGUCUGAUUGAGUACAUGAACUCUGGCCCCAUCUGCGCCAUGGUCUGGGAGGGCCGUGAUGCUGUCAAGACUGGCCGUGCCAUCCUCGGUGCCACCAACCCCCUUGCCUCUUCCCCCGGUACCAUCCGUGGUGACUACGCCAUCGAUGUCGGCCGCAACGUCUGCCACGGCUCCGACUCGGUCGAGAACGCCCAGAAGGAGAUUGCUCUCUGGUUCAAGGAGGGCGAGGUCGUCUCCUGGAAGUCCGCCCAGUUCAACUGGGUCUACGAGAAGGCUUAAAUUUUCGAUGUUGUAACGCCCUGAAUGACGGAGUGGAAAAAGCACAUACAAGUGGGAUGAGUUCAUCUCUGUGGGUAUAACAAAAAUCAAGACAGAAAAUCUUCUCAAACCCUUCGUGCUCGAUUUCAAAGUGACUUAAGGUUUGCUUGUGAAUAUUCCUUUGGCUCUCAUGAGUAUCCCGGCAAACCAUGGCGUAGCCCAUACACUGCCGAUGAUACGAACCGGCAGUAAAGCCUUAGUGAUUGCGUACGCGAGAGCAACUUCAACUACCACUUUGUACCGCCCAUCUCCACGAUGCCAGCGCUCCACGGCGUCCUCAGAUUUGGAGUCCGGGUGUGUUGUAGCCGCAUUUGAGGCCUCGCCGUCUUCGUUCUGACCGAAACCAAACCACCCCUUACGUGUGAAGUACCUCUCAAAUCGGCCAACUCCAUCUUCGACAUAGCUUCCAAAGUGGCCCGUUACGUAUUCCACUGGCACAUAAUUGGUGUAAUGAAAAAGACCAAAUAGCCCUAGCACCGGCACAAUCGCUGUAAUUUCGUGGAGGAUCAAGAAUGAAACAAUGUGCGAGACUGGAGCGUUGCGUAAACCGCUGGUAUAUCUUUGUAAACGUCGAGGCAGCUUAGAUGUGAUGCGAUCGAUGCGGGAAGCUUGGGUUGACUCAGCGCGAGGAUAUGAGGUGUUGAUGUGCGGGGGAGCGCGAGCACGGAGGCUAGGGCGGCAAUUGAAAAUUUUGAAGUUGCGACGCAUAUUGAGAUUAGAUAUCCAAGCUUAGGUGAGGUGCUUUAUUGGUAGCGUUGAGUAAAUCGAGGGUUUCGACA